AUGUCAAGUCCAAGCAAUGAGGAUGAUGCUAUGUCCGCGAAAGUCUGGCUCAAAACAACAACACCUUCAAAGAUGAUCCACCUUGCAACAACCAUGUUUCGGAGUGUUUCAGCAAACCGAAUACAAGAAUGUAACAUUUGCCUUGACUUGAUUAGCUCUCGACUUGAUGCUAGUCAUUCUGAAUUGAUCAAACAGGAAGCUCUUUGGCCGCAACUCAAUUGCCUGAUGCUCACAAUCACUACCUUCAAAAAUCUAUCGACGUUCAAAUUCUUGACCACCGAAGUAGCACACAUCUCAGAGUCAUUUCUGGCCCGGAUCAUCAGCCAGCUUUUCAACCUAAACACAAUUGUCUUAUGUGGAUAUAACAUCGGUCAUGUCACUGAGAAACUCGGACAUACAUCUGACCUGGGCACAGCACUUGUGUCACGUCUUUCCCUCAAAAAUCUCGAUAUACGUUACCUCAAGUCAUUUAAUACCGACUGGAUCAAUCUUGAAUGGCGAUGUCACCUUCAUGAAUUGACAAUUGAGCCCAUCAUUUUGUCAACGAAUUCACUGUUUCCCGAGAGAAAUCUUCUAGAAUUUUGCCAUAUCUUCCAUCAAAGCUUGAUUGUCCUGAACCUCGCAACUUCUGAAUUUAAUUACCAGCAAGAGACAGUGACUCUGGCACAAGAUUUCAAUCACCUGCGACAUCUCACUUUUCACGGAAGCCAUCGGUUUAUCAAUGUAUUUUCUAUGUGUCCCAGACUUGAGUCCUUGACAUGGUUAAACGGUAGUCCACGGCUAACUGAAGAAGUAAAAGGGAUAUGGGCCAGUCUCAAGAUCAUUAGAAUCCCACGAGAUUACUUUGAAGAGCAUGAUAUGAAAAGAGACAGCUCUUUCCCUAUCUCAAGAUUUGAGGUGAAGAUCAUACAUUGUACAUUAUCAUUGGGUAUCAAAGAUGCUUGGACUGACUUGAAUUCCUGGUUUAAUUAUAAGCCACCCCUUGCUGUAGUCUGA